AUGGACCUCAGUUUGGGAGUGGUUGAUGGUGUUUUCUGCUACACUUAUUGGUAUGAACCGUCAGGCCAGUGCAUCCGGCUGGCUGAUAUACCGGGCACUCUUUCUGGUGAUGUUCUCCGCCUACAUCGAAACCUGCCUCUCUUAGACGGCGACCACGAAAUCAUCGGUGACCAAAUACGUCCCCUCAAAAAUGCACCACCGCUUCCAGAGCCCGACGACGACUCCGAGGAACUCGGUCCAGUCCUCGCCUCACUCUCUGUGGUCGGAGUCGAUUCCAGCAAAUAUUUUGUCAAGGAGGGCAAAUAUAAGAGCGAGAUUCGGAAUCUGCUCAAAUGUCAAGGUGGAUCCUGCCCAGGAGUGCCAAAGUCAUCCCACAUCAUUCAGUUACUGGGAAAAUCGCUUGAUAGCAAGCUGGUUUUCGAGAAAUUCAAGCCCCGCUACUUCUUAGUGUACAUCUACCCUCUCGCUACCUAUAAAGUCUGGAUUCUGCAGAUCAUCUCCGGACUGAAGUGCCUUCAUUCCCUUGGGAUUGUUCAUCGUGAUCUCCGCAUCGACAAUAUUGUCUUCUCCUCUGAUACUUCUCGCAUGGUUAUUUGCGAUCUCGAGAGUCGUUGGGGAAAUCGUCUGGCACCUGAGGUUUCCCGCGAACCGGUGUUAGACGCUGGCUGGACGGAGAAUUACGGAAACGUCCCGAUUACAAACGCAGUGGAAUGGCCUGUUCCCCCUCCUUCGGAUGCCGUUGUGAAGGCUUGUAUCCGAAAUAGGCCUGAGGAACGCCCAAGUCUGGAUGAACUAUACGCUAUGGUUGACAAGAUCAAGGUGACUACUUAA